GCGCAUUCUUGGGACUCUGCCCGCCCUCCAGUCCUGCACCCCGCCCGCCUGGCCAGCUCAGUGUCCCCAGCCCCCCUUCCACGUGGACUGGCCAGGGUGGAGGUGGGAGACAGGAAGGGGGGGAGCUAUCCCCGGGAAGGGGAGGCCGCGGCUUCGGCCUCUGCUCUGUCCGUCCGCGCCGGCACCAUGUUCCACGCGGGACUCCCUGGCCGGUUGCCCCUGCUGCAGGCCCUGCUGGCCCUGCACACCAUGGGGAGGACGCUGGGCCGCGCCAGCCCAGCCGGAGGCCCCCUGGAAGACGUUGUGAUCGAGCGGUACCACAUCCCCAGGGCCUGUCCCCGUGAGGUGCAGAUGGGGGACUUUGUGCGCUACCACUACAACGGAACUUUCGAGGAUGGCAAGAAGUUUGAUUCCAGCUACGACCGCAGCAGCCUGGUGGCCAUCGUAGUGGGCGUGGGGCGGCUGAUCACCGGCAUGGACCGCGGGCUCAUGGGCAUGUGCGUGAACGAGCGGCGGCGCCUGGUGGUGCCCCCGCACCUGGGCUACGGCAGCAUCGGCGUGGCGGGGCUCAUCCCCCCCGACGCCACCCUGUACUUCGACGUGGUGCUGCUGGAUGUGUGGAACCAGGCGGACACGGUGCAGGUGAGCGUCCUCCUGCGGCCGCCGCUCUGCCUGCGCAUGGUGCAGGACGGCGACUUCGUGCGCUACCACUACAAUGGCACCCUGCUCAACGGGGCGCCCUUCGACAGCAGCUACAGUCGGGGCGGCACCUAUGACACCUACGUGGGCUCUGGCUGGCUCAUCAAGGGCAUGGACCAGGGGCUGCAGGGCAUGUGUCCUGGAGAGAGGAGGAGAGUCACCAUCCCUCCGUUCUUGGCAUAUGGCGAGAAAGGCUACGGGACUGUAAUCCCCCCACAGGCUUCCUUGGUCUUCCAAGUCCUGCUGGUGGAUGUCCACAACCCCAAGGACACGGCCCAGGUGGACACGCUGGAGGUCCCUGCCGACUGCGAGCGGAAGGCGGCCUCUGGGGACUUCAUGCGGUAUCACUACAACGGCUCCCUGAUGGACGGUACCCCCUUCGACUCCAGCUACUCUCGAAACCAGACCUACGACACCUACAUCGGGCAAGGGUACAUCAUCCCCGGCAUGGACCAGGGCCUGCAGGGUGCGUGCAUGGGCGAGCGCCGCAGGAUUACCGUGCCCCCACAUCUGGCCUACGGGGAGAACGGCACCGGAAACAAGAUCCCCGGCUCAGCGGUGCUGGUCUUCCACGUGCAUGUCAUUGACUUCCACAACCCCACGGACUCCGUGGGGAUCGAGACCCUGUCCCGACCUGCGGAGCCCUGCAACGAGACCUCCAAGCUCGGGGACUUCAUCCGCUACCACUACAACUGCUCGCUGAUGGACGGCACCAGGCUGUUCUCCUCCCACGACUACGGGGCCCCCCAGGAGGCCACGCUGGGGGCCAACAAGGUGAUCGAGGGGCUGGACAGGGGACUGCAGGGCAUGUGUGUGGGGGAGCGGCGGCGGCUGGUGGUGCCCCCGCACCUGGCGCACGGUGAGAGCGGAGCCCGCGGGGUGCCCGGCAGUGCCGUGUUGCAGUUCGAGGUGGAGCUGCUGUCCCGGGAGGACGGGCUGCCUGACGGCUACCUGUUCGUGUGGCACGAGGACCCUCCUGCCAGCCUGUUUGAAGACAUGGACCUCAACAAGGAUGGAGAGGUCCCGCCAGAGGAGUUCUCCGUCUUCAUCAAGACUCAGGUGCAGGAGGGCAAGGGCCGCCUGCUGCCCGGGCAGGACCCCGAGAAGACCAUCGGGGACAUGUUCCGGAACCAGGACCGCGACCAGGACGGCAGUAUCACGGCCGCGGAGCUCAAGCUGAAGUCGGAGGAGGACGAGGAGCGCGUCCACGAGGAGCUCUGAGGCCGGGGGGGACGGCGGCAGCGGGACUGUCCUGCUGCAGCGCCCCUCUGCGAGGGACCCGGAGGGGGGCGAAUUGGGGGCCUGGUCACAGCGCAGCAUGAGCCCUGGCCCCAAGUCGCAGGGUUACAGCCCACGGGGUGGCUAUGGGGGGCUGGCCGUCUUGCGUGCCACACUGUGUUUUUGUGGGUCACCCCAUUCAUUCCUGUCCCAUUACAGCGCCCGGGACCUGGCUCCUGGGAAGGGGUUGCUGGGCUCGAGCCAGCCCCUCGCUUCUCCCCUCCUCCAGGGCACAGGCCAGGCUGGGACCCGCACCUCUCAUCCUCCCCUCUCAGCCAGACUGUCACCUGCAGGAGCCCAGAAAGGCGCCUGUGCGGCAGACACAGCUGGCACGCCGGCCUCGGGGCAGGGACAAACCUCCACCAGCUCUGCACACUCGGGGGCUGACUGUCCACUCCCUCCCCGUGACAAAUAAAAGGCUCGGCCACA